AAUGAAAACAAAAUGCACUGUCAACAAAAAAACCACAGGAGACAGUGAGGAGUCAUGUUUUCUCUGAGCUUGAAACAAGAACUGUUUGAUACUGAAAUACUUGACUAAAAUGAUAUACCUUUGAACGACUGAAAAUAAAAAUGUUAAAAUUUCUGUUUGAAAGAGAGCAGGGUUUGCUUGAUCCACUGAACUUGAGACGAGCUGAAUCAACAAGAAGGACAUUUGCUUUGGAAUUAAGUAGACAUAGAGAUGUAGAAAUGACCAGUCAGGGUGCUGUCAAUUCCAUUGAUAUCGAUUUGAUUGAAUCAAGAUAUCUCUUAUCGGGAUUUUCUGAUGGUACAGCAGCUAUUCAUGACGUAAUAAAUCAGACAGGGAAUGUAAAAUACACCUGUAAAGUGGUAUGUAAAAUAGACAGAAAUAAUCGUUACAGACACAACUCAAGUAUACAAUCAGUAUGUUGGUACCCACUGGACACUGGAAUUUUUACAACCAGUGGAACAGACAAACUUCUCAAAGUCUGGGACACAAAUAAUCUGAUACCAGUGGAUGAAUAUGAAUUCAGUGGAAUUGUUUACCAACAUGACCUCUCCCCUGUUGCAACAAAACAUUGCCUUAUAGCAGUUGGUUGUCAGAGUUCUAGGCUGAAGCUAGUGGAUUUAAAGUCAGGGGCAAGUUCACACAUGUUAAAAGGUCACCAAAGUUCUAUAUACUGUGUUAAAUGGUCUCCUAAAGAUGAAUUUAUUUUAGCCUCUGGUGGAGCUGAUAACCGUGUAUUAUUAUGGGAUGUGAGAAGUGCUAAAGGUGCUAUGAAGGUGUUAGAUCAGUAUAAUGGCAAAGAACCUUCAGAUAAUAUUACUGGUAACACAGCACAUCAUGGUGCCAUAAAUGGACUUUCAUUUACAUCAGAUGGUCUUCAUCUUAUUUCCUAUGGUACUGAUAACUGUAUCAGACUGUGGGAUGCUAACUCAGGAAAAAAUUGUCUCAUAAACUACGGAAAUGUUCCAAAUGAUACGAAAAAAUUAGUGCAAUUAAGUGUGAGUAAUGGAUGCUCACCAGACGUCUUAUUCAUACCAAACCGAUCAAAUAUUGACAUGUUUGACGUUUAUACCGGUGAAAAAAUUGACAGACUGAAAGGUCAUUAUAAUUCUGUGAACUGUUGUAAAUUUCAUUCUCCUACGCAAGAUGUUUAUAGUGGAGGAAAUGACAGAAACAUAUUAAUAUGGACACCUGAUACAGAUUCGUCAUAUGAUGACUACUUAAAAACUCAAAGUGAGUUAAAAGAGAACUCAGCUGAUGAAGUACGGACAACAAGAACUACUGUUAUGAUUGACACUUGGAGUAGUGAUGAAGAUGAUUGAAUUUUAAUUUUCAUAAUUGUAUAUAUAAUCUGUGGCAAGUUUAGUUUGUUGAAGGUGUGAAAGAGAGGAGAAAGAUACGAAAAGGAUAUUUAGAAAAACGAUCAAAAGACAAACAACAUGUAUACAAAACACCAAUCUAAUUAAAAUUAGUUCUCUGCACUUGCUUCUCUUUUUCAUUUAAUUGUUUAUAUGUAGCAUUUGGGAGGAUCUGCGACGAGCGACAUAUAAAUAACUGAACAAAAAUUAGGACAAGUGUGGAGAACUUAUUUUAAUUAGAUUGACAAAACACAACAUAUAGAAAACUAAAGACUGAGAAAUAUGAACCCCACCGAAAAAAAAAAAACAUAGGUCUUGGGUGCUCCGAAAAGUGUGGCACAGGUGACACAGGUAUUAUUUUAUGGCAAUGGUGCAAGCAGAUGAUUUUCAUGAUAAGGUUGAUGUCUCAAUUUUUAAAAUAAUUGAUAUAAAGACACAAAAUUUUCUGUCAUUAGAUGAAUCAUCAUGUUAUGUUUAACUAUGACCUUAAUUCCAUGCUUAAUUGACUAUGAAAUAUGUGUUCAUGUAUGAAGUAUUUAUGAGUAGACUUUUACUGAAAUAAAAAAAAAAUUACAGAUAGUUUA